AAAACCGUGAUGUUCUCGUUUUUACUAUCCUGUCAGAAGUGGUACCUACUUUUCACAACACUGGUCCCUGUCUACAUUCUUCCAUCGCAGUGCUUGUUAGCUUGGUAGUAAAACUUAUACAGUGUCAACGGCAACAAGAAAUAGUUGUAACCAACAUGGAGACGUAUUCCAUUCGUCCCCUUUCAAAAGAAUUAGACGAUAAGGCUGCGAAAGAAAUAAACGAAGAUCCUAAAAGGAUAAAAGAAACUUUGAAGAUGUUUCACGAAUGGAUAAAAAAACAGCCGCACUUAAAUGUUAGGAAUGACGACCAACACCUAAUAACAUUUCUACGUGGCUGUAAAUGGAGUCUUCAACUAGCAAAGCAAAAGAUUGAUUAUUUCUAUACCAUAAGAACGUUACUUCCAGAUCUUUUCCGAGGUAGAGAUGCUACGUCACAGGAAAUUCAACUUCUACUGAAAUCCGGGUGUAUAACCCUGCUUCCUAACGAAGAAGGAUACAUUGGUCCCAAAACAUUUCUAGUUACUUUUAAUACAGAUUUACCAUUCCUUGCGUUAAUUAGAGCCAUUUUUAUGAGUAUUGAAAUAUUAAUGAAAGAAGAUGAUAAUUCCAUUAUUUCUGGAUUUCAAAUAAUAACAGAUUACAAAUUGCUUACUCCAGGAUACAUGCUGCAAUUUACUCCCGCAUUGGUAAAAAAAUGUGCCAUAUGCAUGGAGAAUAUGUAUCCUUUGAGAAUGAAAGGACAUAUUGGCAUAAAUGUCCCCAAAGGUUUAGUAGUAAUAUAUAAUAACUUCGCAAGGCCUUUUUUUAGUGACAAACUCAAGGAAAGGGUUUAUUUGUUUACUGAAUCCAACUGGAAGGAAAAUGUGAGCAGAGAUAUACAGUCAGUCUUACCACAAGAAUACGGAGGCGAUAAUCCGUCUCUAACUCAUCUUGCCGACCAAUGGGCACAGAAAGUGAUGAGUUAUAGGGAUUGGUUUCUAGAAGACGACGGGUACGGAUGCGAUGAGACUCGUCGGCAAUUGGCGACUAAAACUUACGACCAAGAAUUAGGAAUGGAAGGUUCAUUUCGAAAAUUAAUGAUCGAUUAAAUAUUGGUGUACGGUUGGGUAUACAUGGUGAUUUUGCGGACAUGUAUUCCUUGGGGUGGUUUACUUCUAUAGUAAAACGUUCGUCAUCGUGGUCUAUUUUUUUAAAAUUCAUUUCUUCAGUUACCUACAACGCAGUUAUUCACAAACGAAAUCAAUGGUCCAGGUUAGAAGGUGGAAGUUGAAUGCAUCUAUUGAGGUCUCUCUUAAGAAGGUGAUUGUGAGCGAUGGGGAAUGUUUUAAUAUACCUACGUCUGUCAAGUCGAUGGCAGUAACGAAGCACCGUACCUCGCACAGCACUCGGCAUUGUACCAUAGCAUCCAUUCAUGAAGCAAAUUUUAUUGUAAAAGAAUCAUUGCCGUGGACUAGUUAAACAAACUGAAAAACUUCACAUACAUUUUAUUAGGGAAAAUGGACCUUAUUGAAAUGGUUAAUUUAGUCGCGCCUCUAGUUGAGACCACAUGGUUUGGUUCCAUUCCAGUUUUUUUUAAUUUACUCUUAUAGCAUUGUUCUUUAUUCCCACUGUGUGUUUCUGUAUUGUUCUUCAUACUUUUUCUUUCAUCCUCUCGCUAGGGCAUAUUAUACGUAAUUUACAUUGUCUAGGCAAACGUUACAACUUGUCAUCUUUUUCUUUUUGGUUAGUUAUGUUUUCGUGGUUAGGUGAAAGAUCAGCAAGAGGAGCUGUCUCCAGUCUCCCAAUGCUGAACCUCGCCACUAGGUUUGUUUUAUCUUUACCUUAGUUAAAAUGUUUGUUUUACAUUUACAGCUUAUUUUAAUUUAUAUAUUUAUG